AAAGGUCCAGUUUCACACUGUCAACGUGAAACACCCCACUCCAUUUUAGAAGCCAACCACUCUAUUUAUCCACAGCAUGCACAAAAAUCACACAAAAACUAAGUCACCAUGAACAACUUCAUACUUGCAUCCAUUUUCACUGUCAUUUCUGCAUUACUCUUCUUAGCAACUCAUUUCACUAACACCCCAACAAGAGCCACACAGAAACACCUCCAUUUCCAAAACCACAUACAAGUAGCUCAAUCCACGUGCCAAGGAACACUCUACCCCGAACUAUGUGUCUCAACCCUUGCCACAUUCCCAGAUCUUACUUCCAAAUCUGUCCCACAAGUCAUUUCUUCUGUGGUCAACCAUACCAUGUACGAGGUAAAAUCAUCCUUCUACAACUGCAGCAGCCUCAAAAAGAAGAUCAGAAACCUCAACCCACUUGAUCAGAGAGCCCUCGACGACUGUCUCAAACUGUUCCAAGACACCAACCUGGAGCUCAAAACAACCAUCGAUGAUCUCUCCACGAGCCCCAUUGGGUCCAAGCGCCGCCAUGACUUGCAGACUCUGCUCAGCGGAGCAAUGACCAACUUAUACACGUGCCUCGACGGCUUUGCUUACAGCAAGGGCCGCGUGAGAGACAGAAUUGAGAAGAAGUUGCUUGAGAUAUCACAUCACAUGAGCAACUCCUUGGCCAUGCUGAAGAAAGUUCCUGAAGUGAAGAAAACAACUUCGAAAUCUGAGCUGUUCCCCGAAUAUGGAAAGAUGAAAAAAGGUUUCCCCUCGUGGGUAUCCCCCAAUGACAGAAAGCUUCUCCAAGCGUCUGUGAAUGAAACCAAGUUCGAUCUCGUCGUUGCCAAAGAUGGCACUGGCAAUUUCACCACCAUAGGGGAAGCACUUGCUGUGGCUCCCAACUCCAGCACAACCAGGUUUGUGAUACACAUAAAGGCGGGGGCGUAUUUCGAGAAUGUGGAAGUGAUCAGGAAGCAGACGAAUCUGAUGUUUGUCGGAGACGGCAUUGGGAAGACAGUAGUGAAAGGUAGUAGGAACGUUGUGGAUGGAUGGACAACUUUUCAAUCAGCUACAGUUGCUGUUGUGGGAGAAGGAUUCAUAGCAAAGGGUAUAACUUUUGAGAAUUCAGCAGGGCCAGAGAAACACCAAGCAGUAGCCCUAAGAAGUGGUGCUGACUUCUCGGCUUUUUUCCGUUGCAGUUUUGUUGGCUACCAAGACACACUUUAUGUGCAUUCCCUACGCCAAUUCUAUCGAGAAUGUGACGUUUAUGGUACUGUAGACUUCAUUUUUGGCAAUGCAGCAGUGGUGUUCCAAAACUGCAACUUAUACGCACGGAAACCAAACGAAAAUCAGAAGAACUUGUUCACUGCGCAAGGCAGAGAGGACCCUAACCAAAACACUGGCAUAUCCAUCUUGAACUGCAAGAUUGCAGCUGCUUCAGAUUUAAUCCCUGUGAAAUCUUCCUUCAAGAGCUACCUAGGUCGUCCAUGGAAAACGUACUCAAGAACUGUUUAUCUAAAAUCUUACAUGGAGGAUCUGAUUGAUCCAGCAGGGUGGUUAGAAUGGAAUGAGACAUUUGCAUUGGAUACACUGUAUUAUGGAGAGUACAUGAAUAAGGGUCCAGGUUCAAACACAAGUGCCAGAGUUUCAUGGCCAGGUUAUAGGGUCAUAAACAGCUCAACUGAGGCAACCCAAUUCACAGUUACUCAGUUUAUUCAAGGCAAUGACUGGUUGAACACCACAGGCAUUCCAUUCUUCUCUGGUUUGAGUUGAUAAAGAAGAUGUUACAAUAUAAUUCUCUAUCUUAACAAAGGUAGAGCAUUGUUCUCAGUCCUCACCUCAGCAAUAGCUAAACCUGAGAGACCACGAGAAUUAUAAGGUUUACAUGUAUUAUUAUUACUUAGUUCUUAUUGAAUAGGGCUAUACAGGCUAUGAUAGCCCCCUCACUGUGUAUCCAAAGUAUAGUUCUUAUUUCCGUAAGUGACUAAUCCCACUUGAUAUCCCCGUUAUGUACUAAAUUUCUUUUUAGAAAAAAAAAAAUGCAACAAUGAAAUCCC